UGGUCUAAUGAACUUGAAAUCCUUCUUCCGCAUCGAUAGCAGCCCAUGUGGUUGGGCUGUAUUGAGCAAUGCAGGUGCUCCACUUCCUGAAGGGAACAAGCGCAAAGACAUGGCUCAGUUUCCAGGAUGUACUGAGGUAGAGGUUUCUUUGACUCAACUAACUUUUGAGACUGACAGUUCUUGGGAUAGUUUGGAUAAAGUGGGUCGGGAGGGGGAGAAUAUAAGUUUCCUCUAUGCCCUAAACUAUUAUACCAGUAAUAAUAAGAAUGACAAUGGUCAUCUUAUCUCCUACACUCAGCCUUAGGGUGUGAUGGAAUUUUAGGUACUAGGAGGCCUCCCCGUCUCAUUCCGCUUGAUAGUAUGCUCAGUGAGGAAUAUAUUCUCUCUCACGGGUCUCAGAGUGGGAGAGAAAAGGCAGACACCCUGCGGCAGAGAGGAAUCUCUGUCCUAAGGCCUGGCUUCCUUGUCUUGUUGGUCCUGCCCCAUGCUACGUUGUCUCCUGGGAGUCUUCAUGGGCUCACCUGCACAGUGGCACAGAAAUUGCAGGUCUGCUUCUCUUCUCCGGCCAAAGAAGGUAUAGGGCCGCGAGGGGUGGGGGCGGAAGCUUGGAAGAUGCUGGGUGGCGCAGGUGCAGGCACAGGGCGGUGUCUUUGUUCUUUCGCUCAUCCCUCCCCUCCCCCUUCCUCCCCGGAAACCAGUGACUCUGCCACCAGCAGUAUUGGGGAUGAACUGUGGGGGCCAGGCCUGGGGAGGGCUGAGAGUAAAAGGGCCUGCAGCAGCAAUCAGGCCAUAAGCCAGGCUGACCCCUCAGCGCAGGGCUUGCAGACUCAGCUCCCAGGUCAGCAGUCAUGAACAGAGGUGCCAACUGCACAGAAGUCACAGAACUGCUAGUGCCCGGUGAGCUGGGCGGGGCAGGGGCAGGGGGAGGGGUCACAUGGCCCCUUGUCCCACCUGCUGGGACCUGGAGGGCUGGGCUGGGCAGUAACAGCCCCCAUACCCUGGCGUCCACAGGAAUCCCCACUGUGACUCAGGCCUGGGGAUUGUGGGCCCUCUUAGGGGCUGCGACGCUGCUGCUUCUCAUCUCACUGGCUGCACACUUGUUCCGAUGGACUAGUGGCCGGAACAGAAGCCAUCCGGGACAGGGACGCUCUGGAGGAUCUGUGGAAGAGGUCCCCCUAUAUGGGAACCUACCUUAUCUUCAGACUGUGUUCCCUAUCCCAGGUCGGCUGUCUCAAGAACCGGGGCCAGACCAGCAAGAUCCAGCUCCUAGAGACCCCGUCACGGCUACAGAAAAAGUGAUGUGCUAUACCAGCCUGCAGUUGCGGCCUUCUCAGGGCCAUCUCCCCAGCCCCGGAACCCCCAUCAAGUACUCAGAGGUGGUGCUGGAUUCUGAGCCAAAGCCCCAGGCCUCAGGCCCCGAGCCGGAGCUGUACGCCUCAGUGUGUGCCCAGACCCGCAGGGCACGGGCUUCCUUCCCAGACCAGGCCUAUGCCAACAGCCAGCCUGCACCCAGCUGAGACGGAGGAGCUGGCAGAGUGGGACGAUCAUCACCCCAGCCUCCUCUGCUGCAGGGGUUACUGCUACCCUGCCCCAACAUGACUGUUUCCCAACCACCCCCCAAAGACAGGUAGUCAAUGUCCGGUCACAGGAGGUAAUGUUUCCCAAACUUCCCCUCUAAGUGAGGGAGACACUUCAGGGGAACGAGUAGGUCCCUGGUUUCUUGGGGAUGGAGGAAACUAUCUAUUCCCCUAAGGCCCCAAGCUCCCAAGUUACUCACUUCCCGUCCUUGUGGAUUUUAACCAGAUCCUCUCUGUUCCGGCUCCCUUAAAGUCUAUAGUUCGGUGUCCGCUCAGAUACCGGAAGUGGGCAGUGGUGGAGGGGGUAACCGUCUGAGAGAAGGGUGGGUAUUCUCCUUGGGACCCCAUAGUCUGGAGGGAUCCUGGAACCUAGCGACCUGAGGAACCCAAGCCUGGCUUCUUAUCUGAGAAACCUGGUUGGAGAAUACCAGCCCACAUCCUGCUGCCUCUGUUAUGUCCCCAAGUUUUCAAAUAAAACUUCUCAGAAAGUGUUUA